UCCCAGCCCUCCCUGCUGGAUGCGCUCCGGGCCGCCACAAGACCAGAAUGGCCACCCCACCGAAGAGGAGCUGCCCAUCUCCCGCGACUGGCUCUGAGGGGACCCGCAUCAAGAAAAUUGCCAUCGAAGGGAACAUCGCUUCAGGGAAGACAACAUUUGUGAAUAUCCUAAAACAGGUCUGCGAGGAUUGGGAAGUGGUUCCUGAACCUGUUGCCAGGUGGUGCAAUGUUCAAAGUGCUCAAGGUGACUGUGAGGAACUGACAACAUCUCAGGAAAGUGGUGGAAAUGUUCUUCAGAUGAUGUACGAGAAACCUGAACGGUGGUCUUUUACCUUCCAGUCAUAUGCCUGCCUCAGUCGAAUACGAGCCCAGCUUGCCUGUCUUGAUGGCAAGCUCAAAGAUGCAGAGAAACCUGUAUUAUUUUUUGAACGAUCUAUAUAUAGUGACAGGUAUGUCUUUGCAUCUAAUUUGUAUGAAUCUGACUGCAUGAAUGAAACAGAGUGGACAAUUUAUCAAGACUGGCAUGACUGGAUGAAUCAACAGUUUGGCCAAAGCCUUGAACUGGAUGGAAUCAUUUAUCUUCGAGCCACUCCAGAGAAAUGCUUGAAUAGAAUAUAUUUACGAGGAAGAAAUGAAGAACAAGGCAUUCCUCUUGAAUAUUUAGAGAAGCUUCACUAUAAGCAUGAGAGCUGGCUACUGCAUAGAACACUGAAAACCAACUUUGAUUUUCUACAAGAAAUCCCUAUUUUAACACUGGAUAUUAAUGAAGACUUUAAAGACAAACACGACGGUCUGAUUGAAAAGAUACCCAUACCUGCUUCAUAACUGCCUCCGGCUAUAAACCUCAACACCGAUGCUUGACCUGUUAAAUAUACAUUGUGGGGGAGAUACUCAUGCAGGUGAACAGUCUUGCACUUAGCCUUCAUGAGCAUCAUGGUCUCUAUCUUCAAAAAAUCAAGUCAAAUAGCUAUAAAUAUUUUAAUCCUGUUUAAAGGC